AUGUCCGCCAACGCCAUCAGGAACACCGAAGCACAAGGCAGCGUCCCCCAGACGGACGCUGGAGCCAACAUUGGCUCAAAUGCGCCCGCCGGGUCGACGACCACCGGAUCAGCCACAGCAUCUGGAGUUGGCGCCGGGUCCGCAGACAACAAGCACACCCCUGCCAUCCCGGGAUCGGCGCAGCUUGAUCCAGAGAUUCCCAGGACGGCCAAGGAGGCUCCGAUCUUUGGCGUUGAGGCCUCCAAGGACGUUUCGUUCAAGGAGCAAGUGCAAGGCCAUGCCAAGUACUUUGCCGGCAAAUUCACAGGAAACGACAAGGAGGUACAACAGGGCGCUGCGAGGGCGAGGGGAGAAGAGAACUCGCUGCCGAAAGAGCUUCAGCCUGAGAGGAAGUCGACGCAGUAG